UAAUUUGCAACACCAAGUCUCUCUAACUGCUCGACCCUCGUUGACAAUUAGGAUCUCUUCAAUUGCAACUUGCAUGGACCUGGGACGGGAAAAUUUUAGCAAACAGGCUGAUAUUCAGAAAAUAGUUGUGAUCUUACAAAAUUUCCUACAUUAUCUAGUUUUAGUCGCGUUCCAUGACUGUUUAUAUGUACCAAUAAAUGAUAUUAACAGCUCUAUUGCUGUUCCGCUUAUUCUUGAGCAGGCAGUAGCUGAUGCUGGGGGCAAGUCAAUUAUCACCAAACAAGAGAGGGCUACAGCUGAUGGGUCUGGUAGUGCUACCCAAAUGAAAUCACCAAUCAUCAUUCGAGCAGAGGAGUUCCUGUCAAGUAUAGGGAAUGAAUAUCCCAGCUUCAUGAAAUUAUUAGUUAGAUCACAUGUUGGUAGUUGUUUUUGGAUGGGACUUCCGGUGCCAUUUUGCAAGAACCAUCUACCAAGAAAGGACACCCCAGUUAUUCUUGAAAGCGAGACCGGCGAAGAAUUUGAGAUAAAAUAUAUUGCUGAAAAGACCGGACUUAGUGCAGGAUGGAGAAAGUAUUGCACUGCUCACAAGUUGGUUGAGGGAGAUGUUUUAGUUUUCCAACUAGUUGCGCCUACUAGAUUCAAGGUAUACGUCAUAAGAGCGAAUGAUCUAAAGGAGGUGGAUGGCGCUCUUAGCCUUCUAAAUUUGGAUGCACCACCCAAGCAAAGUGAUGCAGAGGGAGCUUCUGCUCAUAACUUAAAGAAGCGUCAAAAGAAGUCUCUUCCCAUAACUGUUGUGCAUAGGAGGAGACGAAAGGCGGAUCUGAGUAAACAACUUCUGGCACUGGAGGCACAGUCGGGAAAUGAUAGCGAUGAGGUUGCUUCAGAAAUUUUAGAGGGCUCAAGGUCCUCUGGACUUGCUGUUAAUUUUAGAGACAUUAAGAGCCUUGAGGAGUUCCACAUUUUGGUGAAUGGAGUAUGCAUAGACUCUGAACUUCCUGAAGAUAUAAGAAGAAAGUACUACGAGUUAUGCUGCAAUAAAAGCGCUUUUCUUCAUGAUCGUCUUCUACAAGGCCUUCAUUGUAAGUUGGUUGCUGGUGUGAUUUUUGAAGUCGUCAACAUUGCCGAUGCGAUAAGAGCUUGCAAGCUCACCACCCAGCGAACGGAAUUUGAUAUAUGGGAGAAGUCAUUGAAAUCUUUUGAACUUCUGGGCAUGAAUGUUGGGUUUCUGAGGACUCGUCUGCGCUGGUUGGUGAGUCUUGCAUUUGAUUCAGAAGGUGCUUCAGACACCAAGAGGUACUGGGAAGCUAAAAACGAGUGGUCUCGAGCUGAAGAUGAGAUGAGGAAUCUUGAAACAAAACUUGUGGAACUGAAAAAAGCUUCUGAAACAUAUGGUGCUGAUGUUGAGGCUCUGAAAUCAAAAGCUGAGAGCUAUGAGCUUAUGUUCCAAGGAGAAGUUAAUGCCCCAUGGUAGUGUUCUCUAUGUUUCUACUUUAUUUUAUGCAGUAUGCAGCAAAUGGAGAAUGUUGUUAGUAACUCUUAGUCUGUACUUAGUUACUACUACAUAUCAAGCUAAGAGAGCAUGAUAAUUGUACUUUUGACUGCUAAACUCUGCUGUUAUUGUGUUGAAGUACUAUGUAAGCCUCAAGACCUAGCUAAGAUUUUCCAAGGACUGGUAUACCAACAUUUUCAAGACUCUAU